CCCCCCCUCCUCCCCGGCCGCUACUGGCGCGAGGAGGAGGAGGAGGAGGCGGCGGCGGCUUCGCGCGUGCGAGCGAGCGCGCGCGGCCCCGGCUCCCUCCUUCACUCCACCCCGUUGUAGGAUCGAUCCCCGGGGCAGGAAAGGGCAGGGCUGGGCCGGUGUAAGAUGGAGGGUUUAACGCUGAGCGAAACGGAGCAACGCUAUUACUGCGACCUCUUCUCCUACUGCGACACGGAGAGCACCAAGAAAGUGGCGUCCAACGGGCGGGUCCUGGAUCUUUUCCGCGCCGCGCAGUUACCCAGCGAGAUAGUCAUGCAGAUCAUGGAACUUUGUGGUGCAACUAGACUUGGAUACUUCGGAAGAAGCCAAUUCUACAUUGCUUUGAAACUUGUUGCAGUGGCUCAGUCUGGGUUUCCACUACGAAUGGAAAGUUUAAAUUCUGUGAAAGACCUCCCCCUACCCCGAUUUGUGAUGUCAAAGAAUGAGCAAGAAUUAAGGCAUUCAUCCUUGUAUUCUUCAGAUGCUGAUAACUCAUCUUCCUAUUCAGGUGCAAUUCCUCCUCCACCAGGCAGAAUACAAGCUAAAAAGGGCUCUGUGAGCCAUGAUAUAGUUCAGCAACGUCCAGCUACAGAUCAACAGGAGUCUACAUCUCCAGUCGUUUCACCACAGCAGUCUCCACCAACUUCUCCCCAUUCAUGGAGGAAACACAGCCGCCAUCCUAGUGGAGGAAACAAUGAGCGAUCUGUUGCUGGACCAGGGCCUUUCUGGGCUCCGUUUAAUGAAGCACAAUCAGGCUCCUGUAAUUCCGGUGAUUCAGUGUGGUCUGGCCAUUCACCUCCACCGCAUCAAGAAAACUGGGUCAGUUUUGCAGAUAAUACACCAACCAGUACUAUUUUAACCAUGCAUCCUGCUUCUGUCCAGGACCAGACUACAGUACGAACUGUAGCAUCAGCUACAACAACAAAUGAAAUUCGUAGGCAGUCGAGUAGUUAUGAUGAUCCUUGGAAAAUAACAGAUGAACAAAGGCAAUAUUAUGUAAAUCAGUUUAAAACUAUUCAGCCUGAUCUGAAUGGAUAUAUUCCAGGUUCUGCAGCUAAAGAAUUUUUCACAAAAUCAAAGCUUCCUAUUCUUGAACUUUCACACAUCUGGGAGCUGUCAGAUUUUGAUAAAGAUGGUGCAUUAACACUGGAUGAGUUCUGUGCUGCUUUCCAUCUAGUGGUUGCUAGGAAGAAUGGUUAUGACUUGCCGGAAAAACUACCUGAAAGUUUAAUGCCUAAGUUGAUUGAUUUGGAGGACUCAGCAGUGGUUCCUGUUUCAGAAGUGGGGGAUCAAUCUGCUGAGGUAGGUUUUGCAAGUUCCCCAGCAGAAGCACCGCCAAGCAAAUCACCAUCAAUGCCAUCACUUAAUCAAACGUGGCCUGAACUGAAUCAAAGCAGCGAGCAGUGGGAGACAUUUAGUGAACGCUCUUCCAGCUCACAAACUCUGACCCAAUUUGAUUCUAACAUUGCACCAGCUGAUCCUGAUACUGCUAUUGUUCACCCUGUUCCUAUUCGAAUGACACCAAGCAAAAUUCAUAUGCAAGAAAUGGAACUUAAAAGAACUGGAAAUGAUCACACAAAUCCUACUAGUCCCUUGCUAGUGAAGUCACCAGAUCUUGCAGAAGAAAGUAAAAUAAGUUCAUCAGUAAAAUUCACAGGAGGAAAUACAGCUGCAGAUGGUUACAGCAGCUCAGAUUCCUUUACUUCAGAUGCAGAACACAUUGGAACUACUGUAACUAGACAACGGUCACAUUCAGGGACUUCUCCAGAUAACCCUGCUCCUCCUCCACCCCCUCCAAGGCCUCAUCCUUCUCAUUCACGAUCAUCGUCUUUAGAUAUGAAUAGGACCUUCCCAGUUACUCCAGGUCAACAGCAGACUGGAGCGAUUGCUUGUCCCCCUGCAGUGCCUCCAAGACCUCAGCCCGCACAGGCUGGAAGCCACGUUCAUCGAUCAUCAGAUGCUGACGGUUUAAUAGUGCACAACAAUACUUCACCUCAACAAAUCCCAGAACAGCCAAACUUUGCAGACUUUAGCCAUUUUGAGGUUUUUGCCGCAUCGAAUGUAAAUGAAGAUGAUGUUGAAGAAAUUGAGAAACUUCCAGAGGUUGUCCAGGUAGAAAAACCCUCUGAUACUGCAGGAUCUAUAAGAGUUGCCAAAGGAGAUGGAAGAAUAGAAGACAAAACAGUUUCUACUACCCCUGCAAACAUGGCCAAAGGCACUACACCUCUAGCACCACCACCAAAGCCUAUCCGCAGAAGGCCAAAAUCUGAAGAUGAGCUGAGACCUGAAGUUGAGGAGCCUGCGCAGAAAACAGGUGUCAUAGCUGCUGUUCUUGCUUCUCAGCCAUCUAUUCCUAGAUCGGUGGGAAAGGACAAGAAAGCUAUUCAGGCAUCAAUUAGACGCAAUAAGGAGACCAAUACUGUUCUGGCCAGACUGAACAGUGAAUUGCAGCAACAAUUAAAGGAUGUUCUGGAAGAGAGAAUUUCACUGGAAGUCCAACUGGAACAGCUUCGACCCUUCUCUCACUUAUAAACCAAUUGCCAUUAACUGUGAAAUAAUUAACUCUGAAACAGAAAUGUGGGUAAAAGGCCUAAUUAAAAUCCCAUAUGUUUCACUCAGUGCACUCUUAACAUUUUUGUUGUGAUUGUUAUGUCCUCUGUCCACAGUUGUAUUUAAGUAACUUUUUAUAAUUUUAAUACAAAGAAUGGAAUAAGCGUUUCCUUGAAUGUUCAAUAUAUUGGCACUGCCAAUCUUCCCAUUUUCUUGGGAGGACAUAAUUUUUAAGUUGGAGCCAGAUUUAUACAACUUAAGUGGCCUAUAUCCCAAACUGGAACUGAAUACUGAAUGAAUUUUCUAUCUUUCACGUCAAAAAUCAUGAAUAAAAACAUCCCAAUAGCUGGAAUAAUCCCAAUUAUCACAAAAGCACAUAUAUUUAUCAUAAAUGCCUUUUACACAUCUGUCUGUGUAAAUGGAAAUUAGCCAGCUGUGGUCAUCACUGAUCCCCUAAAUCAAGAGUUUGCAGUCUUGCAAAUUAUUAGUAAUUUCAGAAGCUUAUUCUUUUUGAGUAACCCAAUUAUCUUCCGAGUCCUGCCUAUGACCUUUGACACUUUGCCAUACCAAAUUCCGUUGUCCUUGUCUGUUAAUCCAUUGCAUGUGUGACCACAGCUUGACUAUUGUUGAAAUGUUUGCAUUCAUGUCAUUUUUGCAGUCUGCCCACAAAGUGUUUCUCUUCUGUGAAAGGAUCGGGUGUCAAUCUCAGUCAUACACAUUUCCUGAAUACCACAUAUAGUUGCAUGCUUUGCACAUUAUCCUUUACAAACUGACACAUCCACCAAACAUUACUGUAACACUCUCUGUGGUCAAGAAAUGUGUCAGUACCUCAACUCUUCCCCAGUCUUUCCCCUCCACUCCUCACCCAACACCCCACCCCACCCCUGCCAUCCCCAAUUUGUGUUUCUUAAAAAGUUGGGCUCUUAUUUCUGUUCAUGCCUCCAAGCAUUCUUCUUCUGGCUUGUAGACAGGUUUCAUUAUUAACACAAAGUUUCCUGAGUGUAUCCUGCUAUUCAGGUUGAUGUACUGUAUUAGGAUUUGUUGUAUAUUGUAUAAUACACACCUUUUGAUCUCAUAUGUAAAUUUGCAUUAAUGCUGACUAACAGCAGAUAUUCUAUUUAAUGGCUUAUUCUGGCUGUGGGAUCAUAGAUGUUAAAAUGCAUGGAAGUAUCUCAGCAGAAUCAGAACUAGCAACAGUGUGAUUUUUACAACAAUAAAACAGCACAAUAUUUUAA